AUGGCUGAGAUCCGCCGAAAGCUCGUCAUUGUUGGCGAUGGUGCCUGCGGUAAAACCUGUCUGCUGAUUGUCUUCAGCAAGGGUACCUUCCCCGAGGUCUACGUCCCCACCGUCUUCGAGAACUACGUGGCCGAUGUCGAGGUCGACGGCAAGCACGUUGAGCUGGCUCUUUGGGAUACUGCUGGCCAGGAGGACUACGACCGUCUCCGUCCCCUCUCCUACCCCGACUCUCACGUCAUCCUGAUCUGCUUCGCUGUCGACUCGCCCGACUCCCUGGACAACGUUCAGGAGAAGUGGAUCUCCGAAGUCCUCCACUUCUGCCAGGGCCUCCCCAUCAUCCUUGUUGGCUGCAAGAAGGAUCUUCGCUACGACCAGAAGACGAUUGAGGAGCUCCGCAAGACCAGCCAGAAGCCCGUCUCCCCUGAGGAGGGUGAGGAGAUCCGCAAGAAGAUUGGCGCCUACAAGUACCUCGAGUGCUCUGCCAGGACCAACGAGGGUGUCCGCGAGGUGUUUGAGCACGCUACCCGCGCCGCUCUCCUGUCCCGCAGCAGCCGCAAGAAGGACAAGAAGUGCCUGGUCCUCUCGGACCUGGCUAGGACGCGACCGUCGGAACUGCGCGGUCUAGGUGCCAUGACGGUGCAGUAA